AUGAGUAACCUGCCGUUUUAUUCAAUCGUCAACGCCCUGGCCACCACCCCACCAGAGCUCGUCCAUCAAAUCAUCGAUGAUCUGCGCGUGUGGGAUGUAUUGAGACUUCUCUGCCACAACAACGAGCGCGUCAAUGCCAGUCUUCUAUCGCACCCCUUGUGCCGGAAACUGCUGGGCCACGAUGCCGAAGCACUCUCCAAAACGCGGGCAGUUGCCCAGUUCUACUGGGAUUUCUUCCGUGAAAUCAACGUGUGCCUAGCGAAGUCUGACUAUUACUACUACUGGCGGACGGCCCCGUGGGUUCUGAACUUGAAUAUCCACUGCGUGGAGCCAAACGACUACAAGCAUGUCUUGUGGAACAUGCUCACGCGUCUCUAUGAGAAUAUCCGGCAGCAGGGCCUCGUCGUCGACCUCAACCGGUACUUGCCUCCGGGCACGGCACCACUGCGUUCGUUCUCCUGCUUCCCAGAGGCGGGUGAGUUCCCGUCCUUUGAGGAGCUGAAGGACCACUGGCAAAUCAUCAAACAGGCCAAGGCCAAUCUGGUCGCUCAGACCUCGUCGCAGCUGCUCUGGGCGGCCGAUCUCUUGGAGGCCAAUCCAGAUAUCUUGAAGCGCACGCUGGACCCAGAGCAAAAGCAACGGCCCAAUACCGCGCACAUCGUGUCGGUCAUGAGAGGCAAGGCUGCGAAAAUUGUGCGGACAGUCAGGCGGGCACCGGGAAAAGUGUUCACACCGUCUGAGCACUUCCGUUACCAUUUCUUUCCAAUCAUUCCUUUUGAUGCGGUAUUGACGGAACUGUUACGCCUGAUGCAAAAGUACGGGAUCACAGCCAACAACCAGCGAGUUUCAAAAGGCGAAGAAAGCCAAAGUCAUCCAGGCCCGCACUCACAUCCGCCGUCAAUUUGGCUGGCUGCUCAUACCCUGAUCAAGGGGAUGCCCUAUUUCUUCAUCUCACUGCCUGUGGACCGCCAAAAGCUGGCGAGCGAGCGGGUUGCAAAUGACGACGGCGAUGUUUUCAGGACAGGCAAUACGCCUUGGUCGGACAAGCCGCAACAGUAUGAGUCUGUGGAGGUUGACACGCCUUAUUUCACGCCACACCAAGCCGGAGUGGACGUUUGUUUCCUUCGGUGGGGCUUUGAAGGAUAUGAACCUCAUGACAAGAGAGAGAUGAACUGGCUCGAAUCGUUUGUCACUAUGUACCGUUAUUUGAAGAGCUUGGAGGAUAAGGAAUCUGGUGCUAGCUGA